AUGAACAACAGUCUGGUGGGGGUGCUCAUCCGUUUCAGAGAAGAAACGGUGGCUGUCACAGCAGACAUACAACAAAAGUUCCACUGCUUUCAGGUGCCAGAAGACCACAGGAACUUCCUCCAGUUCCUGUGGUACCGCAACAAUGACCCAAGAGAGCCAAUUGUCAAGUACAGAAUGAAAGUGAAUGUGUUCGGCAACAGCCCUUCCCCAGCGGUAUUAAUUUUCGGUCUGAGAAAGGCGGCACACCUGUCCAACACACAGCACUCUUCUGAAGCCAAGCAGUUUGUCCAAAGACACUUCUAUGUUGACAGUGAACUCCAAUCCCUCCCCACUGAGUCAGAGGCAAUCAAGCUCCUUAAAGACGCACAGGAACUGCUUGCUGCAUCCAACCUGAGACUCCACAAAAUAGCCUCAAACAGGCCAAUUGUCAUGAAGGCAUUCCCUACUGUAGACUUAGCAAGCGGGCUCAAGGAGAUAGAUCUUAACACAGAGUUUCUUCCAGGAGUAUGUUGGGACAUUGAAGGGGACACUUUCACAUUCAGGGUCUCGCAAACUGAAAAGCCUUACACAAAAACAGGUGUUCUGUCCACAAUCAACAGCCUUUUUGACCUGCUGGGGUUUGCAGUGCCACUCCACACUCCUACUAAUUCUCUCAUUCUCUCUCUGGCUGUGGCUGACCUGCUUGUUGGGUUUGUAGUGUUAACCUCAUGUCUUUACUAUGAUGAUUUACUUUGCAAAGUACGAGGCAGCUUUGAUGUCUCAUUGUGCACAGCUUCUAUUCUGAAUCUAUGUUGUAUUUCUAUUGACAGAUAUUAUGCAGUAUGUCAACCUCUGACAUAUAAAGCUAAGAUAAACAGUUAUGUUGUAAAUAUCAUGGUUCUCAUGAUCUGGGGUAUUUCGGUGUUAAUUGGAAUCAGCUUUGUAAUUGUUGGAGGGAAGCAAGAAAAAUGUGCCAGAAAGUGUUUAACUAAUGCUGCAGUACGAAACAUAAUGGGACUUAUUUUCUCAUUUUACCUCCCAGUGAUCAUAAUGCUGCGUAUCUAUCUGAAGAUUUUCCUUGUUGCACAGAGACAAGUACGCAGCAUCCAAACCACAACAAAGUUUGGCACGGCUGAUAGUAAGAAGAAGAGGAAGGCCACCAAAACUUUGGCUAUUGUUAUGGGCCUUUUCCUCAUGUGUUGGUUGCCUUUCUUUCUUUGCACCACUGUUCUUUCCUUCAGCUAUGUUUACAUUGUACUUCCUCUGACUGAAUUUCUUAAUUGGAUAGCGCUGUUAAAUUCAGUGAUAAAUCCUUUUAUCUAUGCUUUCUUUUGCUGGUUCAGAUCAGCUUUUAGAUUAAUAAUUUCUGGAAAAACAUUUCAGAGUGACUAUAGGAACUCAAAACUGUUCUGACAUGCUUGAGGGUGUUUAAAAAUCCCAGUGGAU